AUGUCUUCCCCGCCGGGCGGCGGGCCGGGCGCAACCAUGGCCCAGCAGUCCACGAUGCAGAAGUCCAGCUCUUCCCAGUCCUCCACCCGGUUUCAGCGGACCUCUCUCCAGUUCCCGGCCAUCGCGAAUGACAAGCGAAAGGUCAACCAGUUUCUGGUCCAAGCGGUGCAAGCCGGGGAUUUGGACCAGAUAAACGCAUUGGUUCUGGAGGACGGUGCGGAUUUGGAAUGCAAGGACCGGCUCGGGAGACCGUUGUCAAAGGUCGCGGUCCAGUCGGAGCUCUUACUACCGCACCAGAAGGACGCGGUAGUGAAACUGCUAGAGGAACUCCCCGGGAGGGUAGCGGCGAUCGGGGAAAUCGCGCAGACGGACUCGUUUUCCGGCUUGAAGCUGAACACCAACGCGACCAAGCACAAGCAUUGCAAGAGAAACCGGACUAUCAAAUGCAAAUAUGUCCGGGUCUGGAAACUUGUGAUGCUAAAAUGUGCAUGAUGGAAACACUUUCGAACGCAGCUCAGCAUGACAACUUUCCGCAGGGCUUUCUCAUAGGCAGUCCGCAUGAGAAAUUACGUUUUUGCAUGACCAAAGAGGCUGCGGCUUUUGUCGGUUAUGCAAUACAGAUUUCCCAGGAAUGUAAAGCUAGCAUUACAAGUUCCAACUUUCCAGACCCAGACACUUUGCAAUCCAUACGGACGGUUUUGUCCACAUUCGCGGAUGCGAUUAAUCGAGGGACGAGUAGUGUCGCGACGGUCAGGAAAAGCGCGCCGGAUAUGGCACAGUAUUUAUUCAUGAUUUGAUGUGAUGCAUAGAAUGCAAGAUGAAAGUGAAACUACAAACUUGUCGUGCAAAUUUAGGCUGGAUGAUUAUUCAGUGGAAAAAAAUGAUGCGAACUAGGCACGCCACCAUGAAGAAUCCAGAUUUGAUGAAGAUACCAGCAGAGCAGUUUAACUAUGUAUUGCAAAAAUGUCUGGGUCUGGAAGAAUGCAACUUGUCAUGCUGCGUUUGGAUGUCUAAAAAAGUUGUGUUGCAUGAGCAGCAAAAGGGUUCUAGUUUUUGCUACGCGGGGAGGGCAUUUGUCAUGCGGAAUAGGCAUCAAGAAUCCCUCAAAAAACCUGUGAUGCUAGGGCAUGCAUCACAGACAUCAUGGCUCAUGCAAACCGUGCAUGACAAGUCUCAGAAUCUUCCAGACCCAGACACUUUUGCAAUCCAUAUUAACAAAACGCUAUCAAUUUGGACGAAAGCGGUCGGCGGUGAGCCUGUGGUCAACGCUUUGUCGCGGGUAUAAGUUGAUCAGGAUUCAUCUAUACAAUUAUGCUGCGCUAGAUAUGUAAUUUGUCUUGCGGGAUUCGUAUGCCACUAAUGCUCAUGCUAGAGAUUGUCAUGCUAAAGUCUUGUUAUUCAACAAUACCAACGAUCCAAAACCAGUCCGGCAACUUACUCUACUCCGACACGACCCUAAUCCAAGACAACGCAGCCGCGUGGGGCCAGCUGUUGGGUAGUCGAGAAGUAGCACUGUAUUACCUAUCCAGAAGUCCGAACUUGCUGAAACUGAACCAACAAACGAGGAGUAAGUGCUGGCAAGCGCUGUUGGACGUUUUGAAGGCGAAACCAUUGGUCUUUUGGGUGAUGCACCAAAGUAUAGUGGAAUCGGUUUUUGAUAAAAAGUAUCAAGUGCAAGAGUGUCUGGGUCUGGAAACUUGUAAUGCUAAAAAUGAAUGAUAGACGCACUGCAAUACGCAGCUAUGCAUGACAAAUUUUUUGGCUGCCAUGUCUUACGUAUUCCGCAUGGCAAACUGCGUUUUUGCACGACAGGUAAGAGGGCUUUUUCGUGCCUAUGCAACACAGAUUCUCGAGUCAUGCGAGACAAGCGUGACAAACUUGCAUUCUUCCAGACCCAGACAUUUUUGCAUUUGAUAAAAAGACGCACUAGCGAACCCGCUUGCAAUCAGUUAUUUUGUUAGAGCUUGUUCAUGCUGUCGCUGUGAAUUUCAAUUUUCCUCGCUUGCUGAUGUCGCUUUUUCUUUGAUGCGGUUUCCCGCGAAAAUGAAAAAGACCACCUUUUCAACAUCGGUCGAAAAACCACUUCACAUCAAAUCUUGAUCAGGUUGCGUCCCGCAGCGCGUCGAGGUCCUGGGUCGUAGCACCUACGGCUCCGCGUAUCAGGGUACCUACACCAGGAUAGACGGGUGCAAAAUCAACGACAAAGUCGUGUACGUCAAAGACGAAUUGGAGCCGCCAAAACCGAAAAUCGGCUCUGGCCCGGGGCCGGAAUUCGAGUCACCGAGGAGUCGCAGGGAGCGGAAGGAAAAGGAAGCGGAGGAAGCGAAAAAGGGGAAGGACGUAUCCUGUGCAAAAACGUCCCCACCCCAGAGUCAAGAUGGAAAACGUACUACACAAAUCAACAAGCUUUGGUUGAUGCGCAUAACAAGUUUGGCUUCGCAUUGUAGUCGCGUUUCGCUAGUGCAGCAGUAUCACAGAUCCAGCAUGUCGUGCGGAUUCGAGCAUCACAAAUUUCGAAACCCACACAGAAAAUGCUUCUCAUGGGGCUUAACAUGAUGAACAUUUUAAGCAUGCAGAUUUGCAUCACAACUCUGGGGUGAGGACCUUUUUAUUUAGGAGAGGACGUGGGGGAAAGCAGUUCGUCUUCCAGUAAGGAACCGUCAGCGGAUGAUGUGCCGGAAAUCACGAUACCAAGAUCCGUCAUGUAUAAAGAUGCAUUUCUGUUUUUCGAAGCUCGCUUAUUCGAUGUAUGAUGCAAUGCUUGCAUUUACAAUGCCGCCUUGUCAUGCGUUUCCUCCAACACAUCAGGUACCUCCUUCUCGAUGAAGAGCAGCGGUGGCAGCUGACGAGUAAAAAAGACCCCAUCUCGAAGAUCCCGCUCCAACGUGUCAACCCGGUUGUGAUCCGCCAUCUGGGGACAGUCGACUCCCGGGCGAUCUUGGAUCCAACCCAACUUUACCUCGACAACUUCCCCUGGGAGCUCCGACAGGGCCUGGGGAAGUUCGCGGAGGACCGGAAGUUGAAAGUUUUACCGCUCAACGAGGGGAAGGAGUUUGUCGCCAAGCCGCUCUUUUACCUCCCGCCCGCACUGAUCCGCGCAUCGUACGGAGUGUUGAAGGAGAUGCUGGGUCCGCUCUGGGCCGUGAACACGGACACAAAAAUACAGUACGAAGUGUGUCCGGACCUGCGGAAGAAAGAUCUGUGCUUCGGGGAAGCGGAUCCAGAGGCAACGGAAAUCUACUUUUUCAAACGGCUAGGGGGGUUUUCAGCGCUCAAAAGUAUUUUUUUGGCUGUGUUUUGUUUGCUGCAAUAAAGUUAGCAGCUUUUUUUUGCGUUCUUUCCUCACGCAGACGGAGAAGUAUACUUAAUUUGUUCUACUACCUGUUCGAUGUUGACAAUGAAUGAUACUGCAGAUUACAUCUACCUGAAACCGGACAUGUAUCGCGAGGAGGGGCUAGAGCCGACGGAAACCGCCUGUGAGAUGGUACUGUGGGACCCGGUAACGAUCUACCUGCUGUUCUACCGAAUGAACAACCUGGAAGCGGACGAAGCAGCUGAGCAAGCGGGCGAGGACGAGCUCGUGUCACAAGUCCCCUGGUUGCCAGAGUGGACCGAGGAAAUUGGGAUGAUGACGCCGCGAGUGGAGGGUUGGAAGGGCGGAAGGUUCCGGGUGUUUUCGAAAAGCUUUCCGCGAGGGACCUGCCGUAUAGGGGUUUGUUUUGUGCUAUUUCUAUCGCGGUAGAAAUUGUAUACAUUCCACAAAGAUCAAUGAGAGUGACUUUCACAUCAUCAUAGUAAGUACAACCCUUCGCAAAAACAAAGAAACACAUUCAAACUUCUAUCAAUCAAGGUAUCCCCGGUUGCGGUCCCGCUAUCCGCCCACCCCUUAUCUACGGAAAAGUCGGCGCCUACGGGUAUUCGAAGCAGUCCGAGAAACCCCUUUUCGUGAACUACACACAGAAAUUGAACGACUACUGUAUGGCUCGCUCAGAUGUUACAAUCUCAAACGUUACAAUAAAGUCGGGAAUUGGAAGACCAAUGGCCUUGCAUGAACAGCACGACAGACUCGUAGACCGUUCCACUUUCGGCAAUACAAAUUUCGUCAGAUUGCGGCGUGGUUUGGAUCUCCAAAACUUGUCAUGCGGAAUCCCAUGAGAGUUGGCUAGAUAAUGCACUUUUUGCAUCACAGAUAUCCACAUUGUAACGCUUGAGAUUGUAACAGCUGAGCAGGUUAUAUACUGCUUCGCAAUCCAGGAUGAGACGUACGAUCCGGAGGAGAUUGCGAAAAAGGACCUGGUAUCAAAUGCAAAAAUGUCUGGGUCUGGAAGCUUGUGAUGCUAAAAUGCGGCUGAGAGAAACAGUUCCGAAUGCAACCCAGCAUGACAACUUUCCAGAACGCUUUCUCAUAGGCAAUCCGCAUGAGAAACUGCGUUUUUGCGUGUACAAAGGAGGCCGCGACUUUUGUUGGCUGUGCAAUACAGAUUUCCUAGGUAUGGAAAGUUAGCAUCACAAGUUCCAACCUUCCAGACCCAGAUAUAUUUGCAAUGCAUACCUGGAGUUGGAGGAAAACCCGGAGGAAAAACCGAAUCUAGACGAUGAGGAAGAGCAAAAACUCGCCAUGGCGGAGUACUGGGAGAGACAGACGGAACAUCUACACCCCGCGGAGUACCAGUUGCUGAUGCUCGGAUCGUUUGACGCUUUCAACGACUACACGUUUCUGCAGUUGAUUUACGAAGACGUGAUGGACAAAAGUGCGAAGACGGACGUCCCGCAGUUCACGCUGCAGGUGUCAAAACCGGUGACCGUGUUUCUGUGCUACUUCGAGGAGGAUAUACCGGACGACGUCAGAGUGUGGCACGUGACAGAAGGGUGGAAAACGGACGAGAAGUUGAAACCGCCAAUAAUUCGACACAGGAAAAGCCGGAGUGAUUUAACGGCCUGUUCGAUCAGGGUGAAAGAUUUUUACGACGGGGAGAUAAAAGUCAAAUCCAGCCAGGGGGCGUUGAUGGUAAGUUUGGAUUUAAUAUUUUUUUCGCUGCAUUUUUUGUGAUGCGAGGUUGCGGAUGAGUGAAGGAACUUGUCGUGCAGUUCAGCCAUGCGCAUGCCUACUUAGCUCUACUCAAUAAAAUCUAUUAUUCCAGGUUGCCUUCUUCAAGCCGAUUCCCGCCAGGUCGGCAGAGGAAGAUGACGUGGAUCCGGCGAAAAAGGAGCUGCUGACAAGACCCCAGCUCUUCAGCAGCCACCCGCAAGUCUUUGAACUAUUUAACCGCUUGAGGGAUGAGUUUGGCGACGUGGCGGCGAGAAGGUACAGGAAUGUCAUGCAAGGCUUUCGCGAUAAAAAGAAAAACAUGAUAUCAGUUUUGCAUGCAUCGAAUGCUGUUUUUCCGUGCGUGGUCAAACAAAACACAACUUCCCUGAAGGUACCUCGCCCGUCAGCAAGUCGCGCCGGGUUACCAGCUCGCGGGCCAGUGGAUUUUCCGGCUCGGGAAGGUGUACCCGUGGGUCCGCGAGUUGAAACUGGAACUGUUGGAAUCGUUCAACAUCCUGAACAUGGACGAGAUUCUCCGCGCAGUGGAGUUACACCCAGAAAUCCUCGCAGCGAACGGGCCGCAUUUGACCCGAGCCUUUAACACCAUGAAGAACCUAAACGUGUUUGGCGGAAAAGCGGAAUUGAGGUCCGCACUGCAGAAAUGCCCGCUGCUUUUACAAGUCUCCGCGAACGUAAUCGAGGCCGCGAACACGUUGAUAAAGUCGACUUUUUAUCAAAUGCCAAUAUGUCUGGGUCUGGAAGGAUGCAACUUGUGAUGCUACCUGUGGACUCUACAUAAAAUCUGUAUUGCGUGAACAGCAAAAGAGGUGUAUUUUGUGCUACGCAAGGAGGGCGUUUCUCAUGCGGUAUGAGCAUCAGAAAGCCCUCGCAAAGUCUGUGAUGCUAGGGCAUGCAUCACCGACCUCAUGGGUCAUGCAAAAUCUGCAUGGCAAACUCCUGCAUUCUUCCAGACCCAGACAUAUUUGCAAUGCAUACUUUUGAGGAGGAAUCACCGGUCCUGUUCGAGUCCAAGCCGGACCUGCUGCAGAAGGGACUGGAAAUCAACUAUGCAUUGCAAAAGUAUCGUACUCGUACAUAUGCAUUACAAAUUUUCUCAGCAUCAGAAAUAAAAUUUGUAAUGCGGAUUCCCCUUAGCGCCUAGAUUUGUAAUGCGUCACUGCAAUUAGUACGAGUACGAUACUUUUGUACUGGAAAUCAACACGCUAUUCGACAAGAUCUACGCGAUGUUCGGAGGAAAUAAGGAAUUCGUGAAUCACCGGCUGAAGCAGAGCGUCAAGGAAGUGAACGACUGGCAGCAGUGGUAUAAAAUGCUCACCGCGAGUUCCGAGAAACAGGAGGAAUGGAUCGGAAGAUUGCAGGUGUACGAAGAUUUUAAGGCGGUCGGGAGUCAGACGGGGAAAAUUGGGUGGUGA